AUGGAAUCAUCCUAUAUCCCUUGUGACGUCUCCGUUUUCAGGUCACUGAAAGCGGAGUGGUACAAGGCUGAGAGGCAGUAUCGCAUUGACCAUCCGGGCAACUUUGUGACAAAACGCCUCUUUGCCUCGGUAUUUAGAGAGGCUUGGGAAAAAGUAGCUGCGAAACCAUCGCUAGGGGUCAAUGGUUUCAAGGCUGUUGGCCUGUACCCCUUUACGAAGGAGUACAAGACCGCCCAUCUGUUGCCAUCCACUUUGUAUAACCUGGCCAGUUAUAGUACUACAAGGGACGAUCCUAGUACAAGUUUUAGUGACUCAGGGACCCCAGCAUCUCAUCUCGAUGAUAGGGACAAUCCUAGUUCAAGUUCUAGAGGCCAAGGGACCCCAGCAUCUAAUUUCGAUGAUAGGGACAAUCCUAGUUCAAGUUCUAGUGGCCAAGGGACCCCAGCAUCUAACCUCGAUGAUAGGGACAAUCCUAGUUCAAGUUCUAGUAGGCAAGGGACCCCUUCAUCUAAUCUCGAUGAUAGGGACAAUCCUAGUUCAAGUUCUAGUGGCCAAGGGACCCCAGCAUCUAAUCUCGAUGAUAGGGACAAUCCUAGUUCAAGUUCUAGUGGCCAAGGGACCCCAGCAUCUAAUCUCGAUGAUAGGGACAAUCCUAGUUCAAGUUCUAGAGGCCAAGGGACCCCAGCAUCUAAUCUCGAUGAUAGGGACAAUCCUAGUUCAAGUUCUAGUGGCCAAGGGACCCCAGCAUCUAAUCUCGAUGAUAGGGACAAUCCUAGUUCAAGUUCUAGAGGCCAAGGGACCCCAGCAUCUAAUCUCGAUGAUAGGGACAAUCCUAGUUCAAGUUCUAGUAGGCAAGGGACCCCUUCAUCUAAUCUCGAUGAUAGGGACAAUCCUAGUUCAAGUUCUAGAGGCCAAGGGACCCCAGCAUCUAAUCUCGAUGAUAGGGACAAUCCUAGUUCAAGUUCUAGUGGCCAAGGGACCCCAGCAUCUAAUCUCGAUGAUAGGGACAAUCCUAGUUCAAGUUCUAGUGGCCAAGGGACCCCAGCAUCUAAUCUCGAUGAUAGGGACAAUCCUAGUUCAAGUUCUAGAGGCCAAAGGACCCCAGCAUCUAAUCUCGAUGAUAGGGACAAUCCUAGUUCAAGUUCUAGAGGCCAAGGGACCCCAGCAUCUAAUCUCGAUGAUAGGGACAAUCCUAGUGAUGCAGUAUAUGAUGAACAGAUAACGUCCUUCCUCGAGUUGGAAAGCCAUCGCCUGCAAAUUAACAAACUGCAGAACGAGGUGGAUAAGCUCAAGGUGACUUUAGAGCAGAGGGAGGUGGACAAUGCAGCCCUUGGAGCAGAAGUUACAAGGCUCAAGAUGUUCAUCGCAGAUCAUUGCGCAGACAAGACACCGAUUCCUGCAAUAGUACAGGCGGUAAAGGAUAAAAUUAAUCCACAUGUGCUCAUCAGCAAACAAUUCAAGCUAGACGAAAUGGACCAGAGGCUGCGCAUGGACAACCUGGGAGUAAGUGGUCUGUCAGAGCCACAGGGAGAAGAGGAGGAGUCAGCUUACUGA